AUGACCGCCACCCCGCCACUCACAGCCGAGCCCGGCAUCAUCACCCCUGCCAUCGCCACCACCCCGGACGAAACACUGCCCCCGGCCCCUGGCGACCGCCUCUCGUCCUUCAGUGAUCUCUAUCGAGAAGAAGUAGCAUUGGAGUCGGCUCAAGACGCACUCGCACAUCUGCAAGCCUCCAUUGUCGCCUCAGCAGCAGCUACAAGGGCCUCUACCAAAGGCUCGCUGUGGUAUGCGUUACUCGGACGAGCGUAUACCGGUUCUGAGAAGAUGAUGGAGUGUGCUACCCACAUGAGUGUCGCCAAGGUACAAGCUUAUCUUCUAGUCGAACGAUGUGCUGUCGUACCUGCUCGAGAAGCGUUGGCAGUGGCGCAACGCAUAGGAGGAGAUGCCUGGGAUGUUAGAAUCCGCAACAUGGGACACUUGGUCGAAUGGUUUGACAAGACGGCACCCAUGGUUGAAGACCUUGCGCAUCCCUCUUGGCUCCAUCACUAUCGCAGCUCCAGCAAAGUGAAAGAUACCCUCGCCAAGGCGUUGGACAGCCUUGCUGAUUUGAUGACGAGUCUCGAGUACCCAGGAUACGACGUCAAGCGUGCGAUCCAGCUCGAGAGCCGUUCCCCAACAGUUAUCAGCGACGACGAAAAGAUCGACUCGGCUACCACCACCCAGUCUGAGGUUGACGACGCUCUCGAAUCCGCCAGCAAAGCUGAACGUCGCCUCCAAGACGCUGCUACAGCUGUCUCUGCCAUAGCUGCGGGAUUGAAAGAGGGCGCUGGCUGGGUGCCUGUUGUGGGAUUAGUAUGUGAGGUGGUCAGUCAGAUGAUGGCAAGUGCUGCGCUAGUGGCAAGUAUGAGAGUUUCAGCUUUGGGUCUGGUUGAGCGAUGUGCCAUUGUUAGCGAGACGAUGCUCACAGCGAUCAAAGAUUGCGAUGGAAAGCUACCGCCCAUGAUGCAGGGCAACAUCUCCCAGCUUAUGAGGGCAUUGGACAAGAACCAGAAGCUCCUAUCCGACCUCGCAUCUCUUUCCAAAAUCCAACUCUGGCGCAAGUCUGGUGAGAUUGGAGACAAGAUCUCGGACGCCAACGAGAACGUUGUCCUCUUGAUGAAACUCUUCGACAUUAAAUCUCAAAUUACCAUCGCCAACAUGCUGCAAACGUCAGGAGAACAGUGGAAGAAGGAUUACAAGGAUCUUCGAACAGUCAUACGCGAGAACCGGUUGGACGGCAAACAGGAGAACGAGGAUAUCAGGAAAGAGUUGGACGAGAUCAAGGAGAUGAUGAGCCAGAUGUUUGCGCAGUCUCCUACUACCAAAGACGGGGCCAACUUCGGUCGUCAGCACAACAUUUUCGAAUCGCCGAAGCUUCCAGGCCGGCGGCUUGGUACCAUCUGA